AUGAUCGAAAACCUGCAGCAAAAUAUUGAUGUCGAGUAUGCUCGUACACGACAAAAUUCGGAAAGGCUAUCAAGCUUGUUUGCCAGAGAUGGCAACCUCGCUCUUACUGCAAAAGAGAUUUUUACCGACUACCAAGAUCAGAGCGUGCUUGUUGCAUUCAUUGCUAGUCUUCCUGGCGUGACUCAGUUUUCGCUAGGAAAAACAUAUGAAGGCCGUGACAUUACUGGCUUUACUUUUGGCACUGGUUCCAAAAAUAUUGUUUUUAAUGGUGGAAUUCAUGCCCGUGAGUGGAUUACACCAGCCGUUGCUACUUAUAUUACCCACUAUCUGACUGGAGGUAGUGCCGAUGCUGUUGCUUUACUCAAAACUUACACAUUUACCGUUAUUCCAGUUCUUAAUCCCGACGGAUAUGCAUACUCUCGCUCGACCGAUCGUAUGUGGCGUAAGAAUCGUGAACCCAACAAGAACCCAAACUGCGUCGGCACUGAUCCUAACCGCAACUUCCCUUUCAAAUGGGGAUUUGAAAAGGACUCUUUUGAUGAAUGCUCCGAGACUUAUCGUGGAUCGUCUGCUGGUUCGACAGCAGAAGCCAAAGCAUUGAUUGGUUACAUGGCAAAAGUUAAAAAUGUAGCUUCUUACAUUGAUAUACAUUCUUUCGGCAACCUGAUCUUGUUCCCAUAUGGAUAUACUUGCACGAAGGUUCCCGAGCCCGACUACAGUAAUUUUGUCAAAGCUAGUAAAGUUGCUGCCGAUGCCCUUUACGCUGUUCAUGGACAAGUGUUUGCCACUGGAUCUACUUGUUCCACGAUCUACCCAGCCAGCGGUGUGACUGUUGAUUACGCCUAUUCUCUUGGCACCAAGUAUGCGUUUACGUUUGAGCUUCGUGGAGGUGGCAGUGAAGGAUUUGAUUUGUCAGCUGGAGAAAUUGUGCCAUCUGCCGAAGAAACGACUGCAUCACUUGUUGCGCUAUGGAAAAGCAUUAGCUAG